AGAGUCGCCGUAGAUUCAGUCCGAUUUGGAAGUGCAGAAAUUUUGUAGUGUCUGAGCAAUAGAGAAUUUUUUAAACAAAAUAAAAGUGUUAUUAAAAUAAAGGUUAUUAUACAUUCACAGUUGCAAAAACGUGCAGAGUAUAAUUGGCUUAAGAGAAAAUUGUUAUCGUGCGUUUAUUGGCAGAUGUGUUCGUUUAAUUUUCCUGUAUCGUGCAUUUAAUUCGAAAACUUUUAUACGGCGUUUUAUUUACAAUGUUGGGUUUGUUUAAGGUUAACGAUUAGCUUGAAGAAGUUAAUUUUGUGAUUGAUUUGUGUAAUUUUUAAUGCCAAGAUUAAAAAUAUAAAUCAAUUUUGUGGCGUGUAAGCUACCAAAAAAAGUAAAAUAAAACAACAGCAGACUAAGCGGAAAAGAAGAAAAGAAAAUGAAAGAAAAUUGAGCACACAGUUUAUUUUGUAUCUCUCGUUGAAGUGUAAAAGAGUCGGGAAAAAUUGAGUUAGAUACAUUUAUUUCAAAAGUUUCAAUAUAUUUCUAAUAAAAUACUAUCUUAAAGUAGACAACUUGGUUUUGUCUAAACAAAUAACAAAGACGUGAAUUGCCUGGUAAAAAAGGAGUGUCGUUUGUUGCAGGGGAAAACUGCUAAAGAAAGCAAAACAAAACGGAAUGCGAGAAAAAUAAAUGGAAGACAAACAAAAAUAAAGAGGAAAAACAUAAACAAUUGAGAGUAUUGAUGCAUUAUUGGUUUUCGUUUUCGCACAAUAGUACGUGAAGCUAAUUGCGCAACGCUGGCUUAUUUGGACAGCAAAAAAACGGCACGUACAUACAUACACAUAACCACUGUAUCAGUAGCUACAACAACCACACCGCAGAGAAGACACUUGACUAUUAUGCAUUGACAAAAGUAUGGACUCAGUACAUAUGACGCGUACUGCUGGUGGUAGUGGUACACAAUUAUCGUCAUUACUCUCAACCUCAACAGCAGCAACAGCAACAGCAACAGCAACGAAUAGUGCCGCAACAACGCCAGCGAAAGAUCAUCAUAAUAACAAUUUGUUGUUGCUUAGUCGAGUCGCAGGAAGCGGACAGUUGCGCACAAGUAGAUCUCCAUCAGACACACGCAGUUCCGAACAAAUGUCACGUGAACGAAGUAAUCGCGGUGAUAGCACCGAUUCGGCGGGCCAGCACGACCGUUUGGCUUUCAGCGGCACAGCGUUAUCAGCGGUGACGUCCUCAACGGCCGGAUCGACGGUGGUCGGCACCACCGGCACACUGGGCGGCGCCGGCGCAUCGGGUACCUCGCUCGCGACCACCACAUCGACGGGCGGUGUCAGCAGUUACGGCAGCAGCACUAUGACCGGUUGUAUCGGCAGCGGCAACAGUGGCGCCACUGUCGCCACAUUUCGCGGCUUCCGUAGCCACUCGCCGUCGAGUCGACGCAGUCGCGAACGCAGCCGGCGCGAGUUCCAGCGCACACAUGGCUCCGAUCAGGGCGGUCUAUUGGCCUACAGCGGUCUGAGCGGUUUAAGUAUCGGCGGAAUCAGCAGUGGUGGUGUUGGCAUCGGUGCGGGGGGCGUCAGCGGCGGCUUCAUAGUGGGCGGUGGUGAUGGUAGCACACUGGAUGGUAUGGGUGGCAUUUCCGCCGAGGAUUCGCGUCUUUCAGGCAACGAGGAUCUCUGCUAUCAGUCGUUCGCUUCCGACGAACAGGAUGGCACACAAGUGGGCGCGGAUGGCAGCAAGAAACACCAUCGACGACAUGAACGUACCUCCAGCCUGCAAGCGCUCGAUCGUCUCAACACGAAAAUCCAAUGUACGAAAGAGUCCAUACGGAAGGAACAAACAGCCCGAGAUGAUAACGUGAAUGAGUAUUUGAAGUUGGCGGCCAGUGCUGAUAAGCAGCAAUUACAGCGAAUAAAGGCCGUCUUCGAGAAGAAAAACCAGAAAAGCGCACACAGUAUCUCACAGCUACAAAAGAAACUUGACAACUACACUAAGCGAGCGAAAGAUCUAACCAAUCAUCAAUUCGCGAAUAAAAGUCAGCAUCGCCAGCCGCGCGAAGUGUUACGAGAUGUGGGCCAGGGCUUGAGAAAUGUCGGUGGCAAUAUACGCGACGGUAUUACCGGCUUUUCUGGUUCGGUGAUGUCUAAGCCGCGUGAAUUCGCACAUUUAAUUAAGAACAAAUUCGGUAGCGCCGAUAAUAUUAAUCAAAUGUCAGAAACUGAAAUCAACAACAUUAACAUGCCCGUCAAUGCUGAACUGAUUGGCAGUUCGACGCCGAGUAAUAACAUAGCGGCCACCUCCACCGGUUCGGGUAACACUGGUGGCGCGGGUAGCGGUAAAUUUAAUAGCGAUAACGGUAGUGAAUGCAGCAGCGUCACCAGCGAGAGCAUACCAGCCGGCUCUGGCAAGAGUCAAUCGGGCGCGAGUCAAUAUCAUCUUGUGCUCAAAUCGCUUUUAACCGAAUUGGCUGAGCGAAAAGAUGAAAUCGAAAAACUAAAAGAACGUGUUGAAAGACUAGAGACUGCACAAAAGGAAUUAAACAGUUUAACUGCAACGCUAGAAGGUGAACGGUACCGUGCCGAAAGUUUAGAGGAGCAAAUUAACGAUUUAACCGAACUGCAUCAGAAUGAAAUCGAAAACCUAAAGCAAACAAUUGCCGAUAUGGAGGAAAAGGUGCAAUAUCAAAGUGAUGAGCGACUGCGCGAUGUUAAUGAAGUACUGGAAAAUUGCCAAACGCGGAUAUCCAAAAUGGAACAUUUAUCACAACAACAGUACGUUACCGUCGAGGGUAUAGACAAUUCGAAUGCACGAGCGCUCGUCGUCAAGCUCAUUAAUGUCGUUUUAACUGUAUUACAAGUGGUGUUGUUAUUGGUAGCGACGGCAGCAGGCAUUAUAAUGCCGUUCUUGAAGACGAGAGUGCGCGUGCUGACGACAUUCUUAUUCAUAUUCUUCAUUAUAUUUGUGAUACGACAAUGGCCGGAUGUGCAAGACAUCGGCGCUGGACUGAUGCGACACUUAAAGGAAUCACUGGUUGUCAAAUGAAGUAUGUAAAUGGCGCGCUUGUAAACAAACAAAGCAUAAACGUAGACAUAAGCACACAAUGAAAGUGAAAUGCGAAAUGCAGAAAGCAGAAAUACAUAUGCUGGCAGCAGAUAGUAACGGCAGCAAUACAUCUGUAUAUGCGCGGGUGAAUGUAGCAGCAAUUAGUUAUACAAAUUUUGUUAAUUUUGAUUAGCUGUUAGUGUCAUUAGAGAAAUAUGGAAAACAAUAUGCAAAUAAAUUACAAUGUUAAAUACUAUUAUAUAAUAUAAUAAUACAUACAUAUAUCUAGAGAGUAACGCUAUAAAUUAGGCCUAAAGCACCCGUCUUGUAUAGCUGCACUCUACUGGAAGCGUGGUUUAAUGUGAGGUGCGCGUCUAGCAAAGAUUUACACGUGUGACAUAUUAAACUAUAGUAUAUUAAUUUCCUGUUUAAGUACAUAUAAUAUUAGCGCCACUACAAAUUUAAGAGAAAAUACUCAUGUAUAAUUGGAAUUUCUUUGAAAUACAGCUAAUACGAACAUAAAGUUGA